AUGGAGCUGGACGCGGACAACGAAGCAGCGACCGUCCGGGUAUUUUAUGACGAUUUGCGCGGCAGCAGCGACGGCCUCACCAUCACGCACUUUUUGCAGCCGCUGUACUUUCUGCAGCACGCGACGUUUACGCUCGUCGACGCCAAGGCCGUCUUUGACCUCGUCAAAGGCAAGGCACGGACCGACACCAUGUCGCUGCGCGAGUACGCCACCGCCUUGACCAAGAUCGCCAAGAUUCGGUAUGUGACCACGCCGCGAAGCCUCGCGCGGCUCCUCGCCGACAUGCAAAGCUGGCGCCACGUCGCGGCCGUCACUUCGUUUCAGCCGUCGGCACUCUUGUCGAACCUUGCGUCGGGCUUUGACGAUCUGCGGCUGCAAAUGUUAUCACCUGGCGCUGUCGAGAUGCUGCGCCUCUACAACCACACGAUCGCCAACGCCUACCACAUGUAUCGACGCGUGGCGCCAUCGGCCGAGAUCGGCGUCGAGACCAUCUCGCUCGAGGGCGUCGUGGAUUUCUUUGGUGGCUAUUUUGUGCACCCCGAGUUCGUGUCGACCGACGACGUGCACGAGCUGGCGAAACAGUCGAGUGCGUUCUGGCACCGGUUCGUCGAGGUGAACGCGGUGCCGUCGACAGUCAUCGCAACAAACAACAGCGCGCUAUCGUACCCGCAGUUUCUGGAACUUUUGUGCCGCGUGAGCCACGUUGUGCAUCUCAAGCUGCUCCGCGAUGAGCAUGGACACAUCCGCCGGCACAUUCAAGUCGCGAGGCUCGAGCACAGCCUCAAGAUCCUGCUCGACCACAUGCAGUUUGACCCGCACGUCGCCGUGAUCCACCCGCUCCAGUCUCAGCGGCCAUCGUCCCCCAAGCUCGGGCGGCUCGAGACGCUCGUUCAAGACAUUCAAAAGUCCAUUGCGACUCUUUCCCAGCGCACACUCGAUGUCCUGGACGCCCACGUGGCGCAGGUUCGCAUCGAAGAGGACAACGUGUUGCGCGGCAAAGAUCGGCCCACGUAUGCUCUGGACGUUGUCGUCGUCCAUGAUGUGCUCGCUGUGCCCACUUUCGAGACGACUGUGCGGCGCAAGGUCGAGUGUGCGCUCGAGUACCAAAACAGCGGUCAGCUUCAAAUGGCGUGGUCGAUGCUCCAAGACGCCGAAGACGAGCUCACGGCCGCGAGCCGUUUUCACGUGAUGGAUUCCGAGGCCCAGCUCUACUUUGCCUUGUCCAAAGGCGCGCUCUACGACUCGGAGCGCCGCGACGUCGAAGCCCUGCAGCUGUACAUGGAGGCACUCGGCGUCGUUGAUAGUCUGCCGCCGUCGCACCCCGGUCGCGCCGUCGUCUGGAGCUGCCUCGGAUCGACGUGUUACUACGGCGGCGCAACGCUCGUCGCUCUGAAAUGCUUUGACCGCGCCGUCACAUUGCGUGAAGAGACGCUGGGCGAGACGCACGUGGAUACAGCAACGUCGCUCAACAACUUGGCGUGCUGCUUUUACGCCCUCGGCAACAUCGGGCACGCCGCCGUGCACUUCGGCGCCGUCCUUCGCGUCUUUGAGAGCUGCCUCGAGCCAUGCCACCCGCGGACGGCAGUCGUCCAACAUUCCUCCAUGACGCGGGGCACGUCCAAGCGCGCGACGAUCUCAAGUACCUAA